AUGGCACCUUGGAAACACCCAGAAGACUAUCAGAACCGACCUGUUGCCGUGCUUGGUGCGGGUGUCCUUGGCCGGCGUAUAGGAUGCGUUUGGGCAUCUGGCGGAUAUGAUGUUAUUAUCCGCGAUCCGAGCGCAGAGCAGCGUACGGAUGGCAUAGCGUAUAUCGAGAAAAAUGUGGCCGUGUAUGCUCAGAAGACUGGUAAAAAGCCUGGCAAGGCAGAGGCAGUUGAGGAACUGGCAGAUGCGGUCAGGCAUGCAUGGCUAGUGAUCGAAGCAGUGCCGGAAAAGCUCCAUUUGAAAAUCGAUACAUUUGCAGAGCUAGAAACUUUGGCACCUGCUGAUUGCAUCCUAGCGUCGAAUUCAUCUUCAUAUAAGACUUCUGAGAUGCUUACCAAAGUUGGGACUGACACCAGGACUCGGAUAUUAAAUAUGCACUACUAUAUGCCUCCAGACUGCAUGAUUGUGGAGAUCAUGACGGAUGGCUACACGGAUAACGCGGUUUUUCCAUUCAUCGUUGAGCGGUCGAAGGAGGUUGCGACCCUGCCUUACGUGGCAAGAAAGGAGUCGACGGGUUUCAUAUUCAAUCGCCUCUGGGCGGCUGUCAAGCGCGAGACAUUGACAAUUUUGGCGGAGGGUGUGUCAGUCCCCGAGGAGAUCGACUCUAUGUGGUUGGAAAUGUUUGUGAAAGGAGGCGCAGCUCCAUGCCGGACAAUGGAUGCCGUGGGGCUCGACACGGUUGCUUUUAUUGAACGGCAUUAUGUUGAUGAACGUGGCCUGUCGCCUGAAAAGACCGUGGACUUUCUGCAACAAAAGUAUUUAGAUCAUGGAAAGCUUGGCAGCAAGUGCCCUCAAGGUGGACUUUACCCGCCUACAGAGGAUAAGGCUUAAAUAUCAGGGUUUCUCUAAAGAUUUUAAGCAGACCGUCGGAUUAAAAUUAGACGUUACAAGCGAUGAGAUUUAUGUUAGUAUCCUUGG